AUGCGAACUGAUCUUCAACCAUUAUCCAUAAUUAUUGAUGAUGCUGAUAUUGCCGAAUGGAUGAAUCAAGGUCUUCCAGCUGAUCAAACAUCAUAUGAAAAUGCUGCUAUUCUUAUCUAUUGUUUGCGAUGGCCAUUAAUGGUCGACCCUCAAGGACAAGGACUUCGUUGGAUUAAAAAUCUUUUUACUGAUAAAUUAGUUACACUUCGUUAUAAUAGUAAAGGUUAUCUUGAUCGUGUUGAAACAGCUGUACGUCGAGGUGAUACACUUUUACUUGAAUGCAUUGAAGAAAAUAUUGAUUCUAUAUUGGAACCAAUUAUUAAUCGAAAUUUAAUUCGUAAAGGAAAAAUAGUUAAAUUUGGAGACAAAGAAAUUGAGUAUCAUCCUAAUUUUCGCUUAAUAAUGCAAACACGUUUAGCUAAUCCACAUUUUCGACCUGAAAUUCAAGCACAAACAACAUUAAUUAAUUUUAGUACAACACGAGAUGGUCUUGAAGCACAAUUAUUAGCUGAAAUUGUUGCUGCUGAAAGGCCUGAUUUAGAGAAGAGUAAAUUUGAAGUAACAAAACAACAAAAUGAAUAUAAAAUAAAUUUAAAAAAAUUAGAAGAUUCAUUAUUAGCACGUUUAGCAACGGCUGAAGGAAAUUUUAUACAAAAUGUUGAACUUGUUGUUACACUUGAACGUACGGUUAAUACAUCUGUAGAAAUUGAACAAAAAAAAUUAGAAGCUGAAAAAUUUAGUCAACAAAUUGAUCGAACAAGAGAAUUAUAUCGACCAACAGCUAUUCGUGCAUGUAUUAUUUAUUUUAGUAUGAAUGAUUUAUCGAAAAUUCAUCCAAUGUAUCAAUUUUCUUUGAAAGCAUUUCGAUCAGUUUUUCUUAAAGCUAUUGAUUAUGCUGAACAAAAUGAAGAUUUCCGUAUUCGAAUAGAUAAUCUUAUCGAUGCUAUUACAUUUGCUUCGUAUUCAUAUAUUGUUCGAGGUCUUUUCGAAGAACAUAAACUUAUUUUUACUAUACAAUUAUUAUUACAGAUCUUAACAGAAAAAGGUGAAAUUGAUAUGGUUGAACUUGAUUUACUAUUACGAAAUCCUCAAGAAACACAUGCAGGAAGUCCUGUGGAAUUUCUUAAUGAAAAGGCUUGGGGCAGUGUAAAAGCUUUAUCAUUACUACCGAUUUUUCAUGGACUGGAUCGCGACAUUGAAACAUCGAGUAAACGAUGGAAAAAAUAUGUUGAAAGUGAAGCACCUGAAUUAGAAAAACCUCCAGGGGAGUGGAAAAGUAAAUCAACAAUGCAACAAUUAUGUAUUCUUCGUGCUGUUCGACCUGAUCGAAUGCUUUAUGCAUUAAAAUUAUUUGUUGCUGAAAAACUUGGUAAAAAAUAUAUUGAAAGUCGUGCGGCAGAUUUUGCUCGUAUUUAUGACGAAUCAUCCAAAUCAAUACCUAUUUUUUUUAUUCUUUCACCUGGUGUUGAUCCAUUAAAAGAAGUUGAAACAUUAGGCAAAAAAUUAGGUUAUACAUCACAAGCAGGAAAAUUUUAUAAUAUUUCAUUGGGACAAGGCCAAGAAAUAGUAGCUGAAAAUGCAUUAGAAAUAUCAACUAAAGAAGGUCAUUGGAUUGUUUUACAAAAUAUUCAUUUAGUACGACAUUGGUUGCCAAUAUUAGAAAGAAAAUUAGAACGAAUAUUAGAAAUUGGACAAGAAAAUUUUCGUCUUUUUAUGUCAGCAGAACCGACUGCAGAUCAUAGUGCACAUGUUAUACCACAAGGAAUUUUAGAAAAUUCAAUUAAAAUUACGAAUGAAUCACAUACAGGUAAGAAUCAAUUUUCAAAAGAUAUCGAAUCAUUGGAAAAAUAUAACUUGUAA